CACCUUCAUCCUGGCACACAACAAAAGGUCUGUUGUAGCCGAUCCCGCUCACUGCCCCCAAAAGAUAUCUUCACUAAUUGAAGUCACAAGCAACACAGCCCAAACUGUAGGACGACACGGCAUUUGUAUAGGCAAACGUUGCGGGAUCAUUCUCUAGGGCUAUAGUUUAGCAGCAAGAUGGUCUAGCAGAAAACUUUACAAAAAAACUGGAACCGGUGGAGACAUUGAUGACAACAAGAAAGCACAGCUGAAUUAACCCCAGGCCACCUCAAGAGUUAGGAGAGGAUGGGCGUCUUCAGAUGCUGGUUGUCAGUUUGCAUGGUGGGAUUGCUUUUUUCCACAGUGCAGCCUGAUGACUCCUCGUUCAGCCUGGCCGGGUUGCUGAGGAGCCUCUCUUCCGGGAUACUCGUCCGCAGCGAACCCGUCGUGAUUGACAGGCUAGCUCAACUCGACAGAGACUUGCACGAUGUUCGAGAGAAGGAUGUGGAGCGUAACGAAAUCCCCACGUUUGAACCAGAGCUGAAACAGGCCUCUCAGAUUUCCGACGACCCCACGAAACAGGGACCAAAAGUCUUGACCAAAGAUGGCAUUAUUAGAGGCAAAACCGUGGACAAGGCGCACAUAUUUUACGGCAUCCCAUUCGCAGAUCCGCCACUGGCCGCAUACCGAUGGAAACCGCCCCGACCUGUGACCCCAUGGAGAGGAGAGUACGACGCCACCUUCCGCAGGGCUGCGUGCAUGCAGGGCUGCAUUGGGCCCAUCUCUGAAGAGUGCCCAGCUAAGGUGAGUGAGGACUGCCUCUACCUGAACAUCUUUGUCCCUCGGAGUGUGGACUUCACUGCCCCUCUGCGCUCCCCCAUGCCCGUGAUGGUGUGGGUCCAUGGGGGCGACUUCAUCGCCGGAACGGCCUCCAAGCCGCUGUACGACGGCCGCUUUAUCAGCAACUUCACCCACACUGUGGUGGUGAGCGUGGCCUACCGUCUCGGGGCUUUUGGCUUCCUGGUCUCCGGUAAAGAUUCCAAGACCUCGGCUGUGGGGAAUUACGGUAUUUUGGAUCAGCAGGCAGGCCUCCUUUGGAUCCAACAAAACAUAGCUGUGUUUGGAGGUGACCCGACCAAGGUGACCAUAUUUGGUGAGAGCGCCGGAGCCCAGAGUGUGAGUCUGCACCUGAUGAUCCAGAGCAGCAAGCCGCUCUUCAAGCAGGCCGUCUUCCAGAGUCUGCCUUUCUCCAUCCCUCUCAAGACCAGACAUGAUGCCCUGAAGCUGGGGAAGGACUUUGCCAAGCAGGCCAACUGCUCAAUGAAGGACAUCGUGUGCCUGCUGUCCCUUAGCCCCCAGGCUGUUCUCGCUGCGCAGAUCAAAUCCAGCUCAAAGGUGAUCAACCCCUUCCGGUUCCUUGAGAUGUUUGAGACCUGGGGACCGUACAUUGAUGGAGAACUCAUCAAAGAGCAGGCUGUGACUGCCUUCCAGAAGGGACACUGGCAGAAAGAGAAGCCAGUACUCUUGGGCACCACAUCAGAGGAGGGGGUGAUAUUUGUGUUUGGGGUCUUUACCAAACCCGUGUCUCCGGUGGAGUGCACGGUCUACACCACGGCCAUCUUUAAACAGCACACCAUCCGCAUCCUGCGCAAGUACCUGCCGCUCUACAAGGAUGCGGACCGCAGGGACAUGCUGUCUCAGAUCGUGACCGACUACGUGUUCCUGUGUCCGUCCCGCCGGGCGGCUCGCGCCGGCGCCCUGGCGGGCAGCUCGGUGUGGAUGUACGUGUUCGACCACGUGGCCAGCGACCCGCGCGUCUGGUCGGGCAUGUCCAUGUGCUAUAAGCACGUGUGCCACGGCGCCGAGCUGCCCUUCCUCUUCGGCUCGGCCGGCGUGGGCAACUUCUCGCUGGCGACGCCCGAGCGCCUGCUCUCCAACCGCAUGCUGUGCCACUGGGGCGCCUUCGCGCACGCCGGCGACCCCAGCUCGCGCCUCGAGCAGAGCGACUUCUGCCGGCAGCAGCGGCCGCCCGCCUGGCCGCGGUACGCCGGCUCGUCCGGCUGGCUCGUCAUGAACUUCACCGUGCGCGCGCACGCGCAGGCCGGCUCGCGCAACGACAUGUGCGACUUCUGGGACAAGCUGGGCAUCUACUGAGUCCCUCUCCAGGAAUGGACAUUAUGGGGGUGGAAGAGUUAGCGCACAGGACAGGACAGGUGAGGUGAGGUGCACCUGAGAUGAGAUGAAACUGUAUGUAAUGUAACAGGGAUGUCAGGUAAUCUGUAGUGAGGUGUCAAGGGCACAGUAGUUGUAGGGCUGUUGUGAACAUGUUCAGAGAGUCCAGGGUGUUUUGUUUUUUUUGCUGGCCCUUUUCCCCUCAGUCAGUUUAGGCCACUAUUUUAGAGCAGUUUUGUAGACUGGCGCAGUUUUAGGAUCAGUUAGUCACACCUGCUAACGCAGUCUGCACACGCUCAGUGCAACUGAACAUAUUAGUACACUCAUAUCAACACCCACCCACCCCCCACCACCCCA